AUGAGAAUCGCCGAGAUGUCAACGCCGGAGCUCCGGCAAAGCCACAACGACUCCGCCUCCCAACCGCAACCUCAUCAGCACCUGAUCUCCCAGAUCGAGUCCUCAGUCAACCAAACCGAGAGCCUCUCCCCUGAGAAUCUCAUACCGGACACAAUCUCCGCCGAUCUCCGGCGAGCCUUGACUCAACUGAGCCACCACGCUCCGUUCCCCAACUCUCUCAAGCUCGUCAUCUGGAAACUCAGUUACCGCCUCUGGAACGCCUGCGUCGAUCUCUCCAACACCACCUCCCUCCGCUCCCUCCCUUCCUCCAAAGCCGAAGAGCACGCCAAGCUCCGCCACAUCGCCGCCGACCUACUCUUCGUCGCCGGUGACGUUUCCGGCGUUCCUUCCCCGGCGAUCAAGUCCGCCUCGUUCUACCACAAGACCGGCGUCAAAUGGCACGAGCUUCGGAAAUUCGACCUCGCUUCGUCGUGCUUCGAGAAAGCCACCGAUCUGCUCUCGAAGAUCGGAAUCGACACAGUCUCCGACGCCGGCGAGAAGAAGCUGUUUCUGGAUUUGAGCAUCGCUAGGUCAAAAACCGCCUGGGAGGUAUCGGACCGGAAUCUCGCCGUGGCGCUGCUGAACCGGGCCAAGAGCUUGCUGUUCGGGUCGCCGGAGCACUACAAAACCCUAGCCAGUCAGUACUCGUCGUUCGGAAAGAGCGCUCUGUCGAACAGCGAGAGUAGCUCUCUCAACGAAGCGUUGAAGCUCAUGAACGAGGCUCUGGAGCUCUACGAGAAGGGGCUGCGCGUGGCGAGGACGCGCGAAGAGACGGCGGAUCUCAAGGCGUUAAGGUCGAAGACGCUGCGGUUCAUCUCGGCCGUUCAUUUGCAGAUGAACGAGUUCGAGAGCGUGAUCAAGUGCGUGAGGGUGUUGCGAGACGGCGACGCAGGUGAUCAGCACCCUAGCCUUCCGGUGAUGGCGAUGAAGGCGUGGUUGGGGUUAGGGAAGUACGGCGAGGCCGAGAAGGAGCUCAGGGGCAUGGUGGUAAAUAACGGCAUUCCCGAGGGGGCUUGGGUUUCGGCGGUGGAGGCUUACUUUGAGUCGGCCGGGACGGCUGGAGCGGAGACGGCGAAGGGAGUGUUUUUAGGGCUGCUUGGGAGGUGCCACGUCAGCGCCAGCGCGGCGGUUAGGGUUUCUCACAGGGUUCUUGGGGAGAGUUGCAGUGAGGGAUCAAAAGUGAGGGCUAAGGUGGUUUCGGAGCUUGUAUCUGAUGACAGAGUGGUGGCUCUCUUCUCCGGUGAGGCUGCUGCGAAGCAGAGGACUGCAAUGCAUGCUGUGCUUUGGAAUUGUGCUGCUGAUCAUUUCCGGUUGAAAGACUAUGUAACAAGUGCAGACCUGUUUGAGAAAGCAAUGCUGUAUAUCCCAUUCGACAUAGAGAAUCGAAUUCUUCGAGCCAAGGGCUUCAGAGUAUUGUGUCUCUGCCACUUGGGUCUUUCCCACCUUGAUCAAGCUCAAGAAUACAUCAAUGAGGCUGAAAAGCUUGAACCUAACAUUGCUUCAGCUUUCCUAAAGUACAAGAUUUAUCUGCAGAAGAAAGACCAGGAUGGGGCUAUUAAUCAGAUUCAGGCAAUGACAACCUGCCUUGAUUUUACGCCAGACUUUCUCUCUCUUGCGGCCCAUGAAGCUGUUGCCUGCCGUGCUCUUGCUAUUGCUGUUGCUGCACUAUCGAAUUUACUGAACUUUUAUGCCCCAGGGAAAUCCAUGCCAACAAGUGAAGUUGUAGUUCUGCGCACCUUGGUCACAAUCCUUACUCAAGAACCUGGGAAUGAGCUUGAAGCCCUUAAGUUUGUUAAGCGCGUUCAUAACCGGGCAUCUGAGCUUGGGCCUAAUUGCUUUUUUGGGACUGGGGAGGUCGGAAGAAGGGAAAGGAACUGGUUUGCUGUGACUUCAUGGAACCUUGGGACGAAAACUGGCACUGAGAAAAAUUAUGAAUUAUGUGCCGAAUUCUAUAGACUGGCAUCAGAGUUUUAUUGUCUUCAGGUUGAUGGGCAGGUAGGAGAAAACAUGGUCUGCAAAGCACUAAUAUUGACUGUAUCUGCAAUUAUAGCUUCAGAGAAUCAGAAGAAGAUCACAUUGCCCGAAAGUGAGGUGAAACAAGCUGUACAGCUUCUAGAUAGAGCAGGGAAGAUACUGAAGUCAACCUUACCAGGGAAUCGGCUUAGUGGUGAUCCAGUUGCCACCAUGGAACCUGACCUAUACUUCAUCUACACCUUUUGUGCCUAUGACAUACACGGAAGGCUCAAUGAUUCAGGAUUACAGCUACAACUUGUAAAGGCUUUUGCUAGUUCAAAGGCCUGCAAUCCCAAGUUCCUCCUUCAGAUUGGCCUGACUGCUUCCCAAGGUACACAGUGCAAUCACGAAGUAGCAACCUUUGCUCUAAAUGAAUGCCUCUCAGCUUUUCUCUCUUCCUGCUCUCCGGACUACCAAAAUGUGGCUCUGAUUGUCCGGAAGCUCAUUGCGGUGACCAGCAUUCACAAAGGCGAUACAGAUGACGAUGCUGUGUAUAACAUGUACAAGCAAGCUUACAGAAUAAUGGUGGGACUGAAGGACAGUGUGUACCCCACUGAAGAGGGAAAAUGGCUAGCCAUGACGGCAUGGAAUAGGGCGUCAGUGCCUGUGAGACUUGGCCAGAUUGAUGCGGCAAGGAAAUGGAUGGAUCUCGGUAUGCAGCUAGCUAAACAUGUUAGUGGAAUGGAGACUUAUAGGGCAUGCAUGGAGGACUUCAUUAACGGCUUUGAGAAGAAAUUUGGUGCCCCAAAUGACGGCGGAAACAGACCUCAGCUGGUACAAUAAUUCGUGUUUAUCAGGUUAGGAAGAUGGUGGAUUUCUCGUAUAGAAGACUAUGGUUGCAUUACAACAGGAGAUGCCAUGGUCUGGAAACUCAUGUCAAGUAGUAGUUUAACUCUAAUGGUAACUAUGUAUCUAAAAAUUAUGCAUUAUAUUGCUAAACUUUAGU